AUGGCGAACACGCCAGCGGAUACCCUUACCCUCAACGGCGACCCCGCUUCUUCUGGCGACCUCUCGAUCACCCGCCACCGCCCUACAGAUGAUGUUGUAGCUCAAGCAGAAGAAGAGUUCAACGCUCUUUCCCGACAACUCACAUCUCACUCUCAGCGCGAUGUAAAACGCGUUUCGAAAAAGUUGAGCACAGAAACCACCGACGUCGAGGCCGCCAACUCGGACGACGGCCAAGUCUUUGACUUGCGAGAAUACCUUACAUCUUCCAACGAUGCCAACCAGCGCGCUGGAAUCAAGCACAAACGCGUUGGAGUGGUUUGGGAGGAUCUCCAGGUCGAAGUAAAGGAAAACUCGGGGAACAAGCUCUACGUUCCAACACUUGGAAACGCUAUUCUGGACUUCUUCCUGGCUCCGCUCUUUUGGAUAUUGGCACUAAUCAAACCCCUGCUCCCUGCGAAGGCAAAAGGCGUUCACACUCGGCCUAUCAUUCACAAGGCGUCAGGUGUGCUCAAGCCUGGAGAAAUGUGCCUCGUGUUGGGGUGCCCCGGUUCUGGUUGCACGACAUUCCUCAAGGCCAUCGCGAACAAACGCGAGGAAUUCGCCAAGGUCUCCGGAAACGUCCUAUACGCUGGUAUCGAUGCCGCGGAAAUGCAAAAGUACUAUAAGGGAGAGGUGGUAUAUAAUCAAGAAGAUGACAUCCACAUCCCCACCCUGACCGUAGGGCAGACCCUUCGGUUCGCUCUAUCUACUAAAACUCCGGGUCCCAAUGGUCGUCUGCCUGGCCUGUCGAGGAAGGAAUUCGAUCGUGAAGUCGAAGAUACUCUUCUUCGCAUGCUGAACAUCCCGCACACCAAAAACACGCUGGUCGGAAACGAAUUCGUUCGAGGGGUUUCAGGAGGCGAGCGCAAGCGAGUCAGCAUUGCUGAAAUGAUGGCCACCCGUGCUCGUGUCCAAAGCUGGGACAACUCGACGCGAGGUUUGGACGCGUCCACCGCUCUAGACUUUGUGCGCAGUCUCCGUGUCAUGACGGACGUCCUUGGUCAAACGACAUUUGUUUCUUUGUCAGUUGCGCUCAUACAAUCCCUCCGGCAUACUACUGACAAGACGUCGCUUUGUAACAGGUAUCAAGCUAGCGAGAGCAUUUAUCAACUUUUCGACAAGGUUCUCCUCAUCGACAAAGGUCGUCAAGUCUUCUUUGGAUCUCCGUCGGAAGCCCGGGCGUAUUUCGAGGAUCUGGGCUAUAAUCCUCUCCCUCGUCAAACCACGGCCGACUAUCUCACUGGCUGCACCGAUGUUAAUGAGCGCCAAUUCGCCCCUGGACGAUCGGCAAGGGAUACCCCGUCAACUCCAGAGGCCCUCGAGAACGCUUUUCGUCAGUCCAAAUUCGGAAAGCAGAACACGGAGGAAGUCGAACGCUACAAGGCAUACAUGGCUACGGAGAAGGCAGACCAAGAGGCUUUCCGCGAAGCUGUUGCCGCUGACAAGAAACGAGGCGUCUCGAAGAACAGCCCAUAUACCCUUGGAUACACCGGUCAGGUUUGGGCGUUGACCAAGCGACAGUUCCAGAUGCGGCUUCAGGACAGGUUCCAACUGUACACCAGUUUCUCACUCGCCAUCGCUCUGGCUCUAGUCCUUGGCGGUGCCUACUUCAAUCUCCCUGCUACCUCGGCUGGAGCUUUCACUCGUGGAAGUGUCAUCUUCGCAGCUCUCUUAACCACAUGUUUGGAAGCUUUCAAUGAAAUGCCAACUCAGAUGAUGGGCCGACCCAUCCUUCGUAAGCAGACGGAGUACAGCCUAUACCGAGCUUCAGCGAUUUCUGCUGCAAAUCUCCUGGCCGAUAUCCCCUUCUCUGCUGUCCGAAUCCUCAUCUUCAACAUCAUCGUCUACUUCAUGGCAGGACUGCACCGCUCCGCCGGCGCCUUUUUCACCUUCCACCUCUUCAAUUAUGUGGGUUUCUUGGUCAUGCAGAGCUUCUUCAGGACCUUCGGCUUGAUCUGCUUCGAUUUCAACCACGCCUUCAGGCUGGGCGUAUUCUUCAUCCCGAACUUCAUCCAAUAUUGUGGCUACACCAUUCCUGUCCUUGACAUGAAACGAUGGCUCUUCUGGAUUUACUAUGUGAAUCCUUUGUCAUAUGCCUGGCAAGCAUGCAUGGAAAACGAGUUUAUGCGACUGAGGUUUACGUGUGACGGAAACUAUGUCAUUCCCCGAAACGGCCUUGGAAUUGUCAAGUAUCCUGACAACCUCGGUCCGAAUCAGGCCUGCACUGUCUUCGGAGCUACGAGUGGAAACAACAUCAUCGAAGGCACGAACUACCUCAAAGUCGGAUAUGACUUGGACGUUGCGAACCUUUGGCGCCUGAACCUGACCGUUCUGAUCGGCUUCUUCAUCUUCUUCCAACUCGCGCAAUUCAUCGCUCUCGAAUUCUACCCUCAAUAUGGUUACACGCCCACCGUCAACGUGUUUAUUCGUGAAAGCGAAGAGACCAAGGCCUUGAACCAAGCUCAGCGUGAAAGGAAGCAGCAGCGCGACGUGCUGAAGGAGAAAGGGGAGGCUCUUGAGGCUAAGGAGAGGUCCAAGGAGGUUGUCCACAAAGGCCGGGCGUUUACUUGGGAGCGUCUCAACUACCAUGUCCCCUCUCCGGGUGGAAGCCUUCGCCUUCUUCACGAUGUCUAUGGUUAUGUCAAGCCCGGUACCUUGACAGCACUCAUGGGUGCUAGUGGAGCUGGAAAGACCACCUGUCUGGAUGUCCUCGCCCAACGCAAGAACAUCGGUGUCGUGUCCGGCGACAUUCUUGUUGACGGACGCCCCCUUCCUCUCGACUUCGCACGUGGUACAGCCUAUGCCGAACAAAUGGACGUCCACGAGGGAACCGCGACCGUUCGCGAAGCAAUGCGCUUCUCGGCCUACCUCCGUCAACCAAGCAGUGUGCCCAAGGAAGAAAAGGACGCCUAUGUAGAGGAGAUGAUCGAGCUCCUGGAACUCACGGAUCUCGCCGAUGCUCUUGUAUUCAGUCUGAGCGUCGAGUCCCGCAAGCGAUUGACCAUUGGCGUUGAACUUGCUAGCAAGCCCGAGUUGCUACUCUUCCUGGACGAACCUACCUCUGGAUUGGAUGCACAAAGCGCUUGGAAUCUUGUUCGUUUCCUUCGCAAACUCGCCGACCAGGGACAAGCCAUCCUUUGCACCAUCCAUCAGCCUUCGUCGCUGCUCUUUGAAAGCUUCGACCGUCUCUUGUUGCUUGAGCGUGGUGGAGAGACCGUAUACUUUGGCGAGAUCGGCGAGGAUUCAAAGACCAUCCGUGACUACUUCGCGAGACAUGGCGCCCACUGCCCUGCCAACGUCAACCCUGCCGAAUACAUGCUUGAAGCCAUCGGAGCCGGUGUUGCGCCAAGGAUCGGAAACAAGGAUUGGAAGGACAUCUGGCUCGAGUCUCCAGAGUUCAAGCAAGUCCUUGCUGAGAUCGAACAGAUCAAGGCUGAAGGAUUGUCUCGACCGGAGCCUGCCAAGGCAGAUACCAGGACAUAUGCCACCUCGUUCUUCGUUCAAUUGCGAGAGGUUGCCAAGAGGAACACCUUGCUCUUGUGGAGGACUCCCAAUUAUAUCUUCACUAGGUUCUUCGUCUGCAGCUUCAUCUCUCUCUUCAUCUCGCUCUCUUUCCUUCAAUUGGGCAACAGCUCUCGCGACCUGCAAUACAGGGUCUUCUCAAUUUUCUGGACCGCUGUGUUGCCCGCUAUUCUACUCACACAAACCAUCCCCUCGUUCAUCGCUAACCGAAGGAUCUUCAUUCGUGAAGCUUCGAGUCGCAUUUACUCCCCUUACGUCUUUGCCAUCGGACAGCUAUUGGGCGAGUUCCCUUACUCCGUUGUCUGUGCCCUCUUGUACUGGGUCCUGAUGGUGUACCCCACUGGAUUCGGCCAAGGCGAAGCAGGCCUUGACGGAACCGGCUUCCAAUUCCUCAUCAUCCUCUUCGUCGUGCUGUUCGGUGUUUCCCUGGGCCAGUUUAUCGCUGCCCUCUGUCCAGACGUCCAGAUUGCAGUUCUCACCAUCCCCUCGGUUUCAUUGGUGCUCUCGACGUUCUGCGGCGUUACCAUUCCUUACCCUGCUUUGGAACCCUUCUGGCGAUCGUGGCUCUACCACCUCAGUCCCUACACGCGUACCCUUGCCGCGAUGCUUUCGACUGAACUUCACGGACUUGCGAUCAAGUGCAAGCCGGACGAAUUCGCUGUCUUCAACCCUCCAACGGGCGAGACUUGCGCAAGCUGGGCUCAAGAGUUUGUGGAUCGAUUUGGUGGAUACCUCGAUAACCCCUUGGACACCAUCGCUUGUCGCUAUUGCCAGUACAAGGUUGGAGACGAGUUCUUCGUUCCUCUGAACAUUCGAUUCGAGAACCGCUGGAGAGACGCGUUCAUCGUGUUCUCAUUCUUCGUGUUCAAUUUGAUUGGAACUAUCAUUGCCUCACGAUUCCUGCGAUACGCGAAGCGGUAA